GUAAGGGUUGGUUGUGUGUGUGUGUGGUGGCGUGGGGUGGGUGGGGGGCAUCUUCCAGGCCAACAAUAGAGAGAAACAGGAAUUUGAAUAGAAUAAAGGAGAGAUAAUUGAGCUCUGGAAUCUGAUGUCUCAAGAAGCCAAGGACUGGAAGCCCCAGGCCCCUGCUGGUAAGAGGCUGGCAUCUCUGGAACAGGACUUGGCAAAAACAGGAAGGUAAGAUUUCUUGGGUCUUUUAUCUGUUUGACAGCAGCAACCUGGCACCAAAGAACUUUGAUCUUCCCGCAUGUGCGCUCUUAUCUACCUCAUCCUUCCUCUGUCUCAUCUUCCUGGGAAAGCAACCCCCACCUCAGUUAUCCCCAAGGCACCGCAUUACCACCCAAAAGGGACUUCUCCCAGCUUCUCACUCUGAAUGUAACUAGCCCAGGUGAGACGACGACUCGGCCAAAAGGUUUUUGGGACCCAUUCCAAUCAAUGUCUGCUGAUAAGACAAGCAGGCUAGGACAGAAAACAGGGAGGGGAAAAGGAAAGCAAGCUGAUGCCAGCCUGCCCUGUGCUCCCACCCUACCCACAGUGCCCCCAUCAGAAUUUGGGUGUGCUAGUGUGAUUGUGUGGCGGGAUGAUUGUGAAAAAACAACUGUGUGGGAGUGCAACUUUGAGUAUAACUGGGGCUAUAUGAUUCUGUCUGGGGUUGUCUGACCAUGUGAGGUUGAUCCAGUGACUGAGGUGUGACUGUGAACGUGUAACUACAGGUAUGAGGGUGAAUGUCCUCAUUGGAUGCCACUGUGGAUCCUCUGCCCCCCUUACUGUACCAUCAGCCCCCACGUGCAUAACCCAUCUCCCCAGCUUCUCUGCCCAGGACUUAGGAGCCCAUGGAAAACGGCAGUCCUAAAAAAGGAGGGGUCUGUGGUAAUUAGAGCCCAGGAAUGUCACAAGAUGAGCAAUACAUCUUCACCUGCGGCUGACUCACCUGGUGCCCCAGGUAUAAAAGGCACCCAGAUAAAAGGUAGGGAAGGAGGAGGAAAGAGAAGGAAUUAUCCAGGCUGAGCAUCAUGAAGGGGCCCUCACCCACCAGCAGCCUCCUGCUGCUCCUGUUGUUCCUGAGCCCAGACCCUGGAGGAGCAUUCCCACUGGCACUCAGCACUGCAUGCUGUACUCAGCUCUACCGACAGCCACUUCCAAACAAGCUACUGAGGAGGGUCAUCCGAGUGGAACUUCAGGAAGCUGACGGAGACUGUCACCUCCAAGCCUUCGUGCUUCACCUGUCUCAACGCAGGGUCUGCAUCCACCCCCAGAACCGCAGCCUGAUUCGGUGGAUUGAGCGCCAAGGGAAGAGGCUCCAGGGAACUUAGCCCAACCAGAGUUUGGAGCUCAUGGGGAAAAUGGGCUGGGGCCCCCAGUAGCCAAAGUAAUAAAGCAGUGAUGCACAAUA